GCACCAGCAGCAGCAUCUGGCUUGGCUGCAGUCCAGCGAGUCCAGGGGGGAAGCCGCGGUCCGGUCCGCGGGUUUGCCUUCUCUCGCUAGCUCACCCACUCGCUCCUUCGCAGCAGCGGAGGACCAGCAAGCCGUCGAGCGCCGCGGCUCCCGCGAAGCAUCCCUCACCCCUCCUCCCCACCCGCCCCGUCUCUUCCCGCCGCCAGCUCGACGCGCGGCCCGGAUCCGCCGCCCCAGAUCCGCCGCCGCCUCCCCGGGCGCCCGCCAGAGCUCGCGGCCGAUUCGCAUCCCCCCAUGCUCGGGUAGGGCUUUCCCCCGCCGUUCCACGUGGGCUGCGGUGGACGCCGGUGCCGUGUCCCGUGGGCGCCACCGUGGUCGCGCUUGGGGCUUGUGAAGUGCUGCCCCUUCGGUCGCCGUCGCGGGUUUCCGUCUGCGGCCCGCCGUCCUCCUGAUUUCUGUUGGGGGCUUUGAGUGUUGCAGUAGUGAUGGCAGAAGUCCAGGAUGGCCAUUAUGAUUCGACGUCACAGUCCACUGACAGCUUGCGUGUUGAGCCGAUAUACGAGUCAUUCCUGUGCCCGCUCACCAAACAGGUUAUGCGGGAUCCUGUCACUAUUGACAGUGGCGUUACGUUUGAACGCGAAGCCAUUUUGAAGUGGUUGAACGAAUGCCUUAGCAGUGGAAGGAGGCUUGUUUGCCCUGUGACUAAGAAGGAGCUCAGCAGCACUGAUUUAAAUCCAAGCAUAGCUCUGAGGAACACCAUUGAUGAAUGGAUGAAUCGCAAUGAGGCAGCCAAACUUGAUGUCGCCCACAAGUCAUUGACUUCUGAUAGCACGGAAAGUGAUAUCUUACAAGCACUCCAGUAUGUCGAUGAGAUAUGCCAGAGAAGUCGAUCCAGUAGGCAAGUUGUGAGAAGAGAUGGAUUGAUAAGCAUGAUUGCUGAGUUGUUGAAAAAUAGCAGUACGAAAGUAAGGCAAAAGGCAUUAGAAACUCUUCGCUCCAUUGCAAAAGAUGAUGAUGACAAUAAGGUUGAGAUUGCUGCUGGAGACAAUAUUCGCACAAUUGUAAAGUUUUUAAAUCAUGGACAGACUCAGGAAAAGGAAAAGGCUGUGUCUCUGUUAUAUGAACUUUCAGAAAAUAAAGCUCUUUCAGAAAGAAUUGGCAGUGUUUCUGGAGCUAUUCUUAUACUUGUUGGCUUGUCAAGCAGUAAAGUAGAAAACUUGUUGAUCGUUGACAGAGCUGAGAAGACAUUGGAGAAUUUAGAGAGCUGUGAAAAGAAUGUUAGACAAAUGGCUGAAAAUGGUAGAUUGCAACCUCUUCUUAGGCUUCUUCUUGAAGGUUCACCUGACAUGCAAUUAUCUAUGGCUGCUUAUCUCGGGGAGCUUGUUUUAAGCAAUGAUGUUAAGGUACUUGUGGCCCAGACGGCUGGCUCCACGCUAGUCAAUAUCAUGAAAAAUGGGAAUAGAGAGGCCAGAGAAGCAGCCCUGAAGGCAUUGAACCAAAUUUCCUCUUAUGAUGCCAGUGCAAAGAUUCUAAUUGAAGCGGGUAUUCUUCCACCUCUCAUCACAGACCUCUUUACUGUUGGCAGUAAUCAGCUUCCAAUGAGAUUGAAGGAGGUCUCAGCAAACAUUCUUGCAAAUGUUGUGGCAUCGGGUGCGCGCUUUGAGUCCAUUCCACUUGAUCAUAAUAGGCAGACCUUAGUGUCUGAAGACAUUGUUCACAAUCUGCUUCAUCUCAUAAGCAACACUGGACCUGCAAUUGAGUGCAAGUUGCUCCAGGUCCUUGUUGGUUUAACCGAUUCUUCGACAUCUGUGCAAAACAUAGUUGAUGCCAUCAAAAGUUCAGGCGCUAUUGUCAGUUUAAUUCAGUUUGUUGAGGCACCUCAAAGGGAAGUACGCAUGAAUUCCAUCAAGCUCUUAAAUAACAUAUCACCUUAUAUGGGUCAAGAACUGGCUGAUGCUUUCCGUGGAAACUUUAGUCAACUUAGCAGCUUGGUCAGGGUCAUUGCGGAUAACAACGGUGUUUCUGAAGAGCAAGCGGCAGCUGCUGGCCUUGUAGCGGAUCUUCCUAUGCGGGACUCGGUCCUCACCAGACGUCUUCUUCAAGAUGGGGCAUUUGCAACGAUCAUUUCAAAAGUUAUAAGAAUUCGACAAGGGGAGAUUCGUGGAGGGCGUUUUGUCAACCCAUUUCUUGAAGGUCUAGUUAGAAUAGUCUCCCGGAUCACUUUUGUCUUGGAUGAUAAUCCAGAUAUUAUUGAUGUUGCUCGUGAGUACAACCUUACUGCACUCUUCACGGAUUUGCUUCAGAUGAAUGGACUUGACACUGUCCAGAUUGUCUCUGCUACUGCACUAGAGAAACUCUCAUAUCAAUCAAAGCAUCUUACGAAGGUACUACCAGCUCCCAACCCAGGGUUGUGUUUUUCAAUAUUUCCAUGCCUCAGCCAGAAGACUGUAGCAACUGGGGUUUGUAGAGUUCAUUGUGGUAUUUGUUCUGCAAGGGAGAGUUUCUGUCUCUUGGAGGGGAAGGCAGUGGAGAAGUUGGUUGCUUGCUUGGAUAACAACAACGAGAAAGUAGUCGAAGCUGCUCUAGCAGCACUAUCAACUUUAUUGGAUGAUGGAGUGGACAUUGACCAAGGUGUCAUGGUGCUGUGUGAUGCAGAAGGAAUCAACCCGAUACUUGAGGUAUUGUGUGAAAACCGAAAUGAGGCACUGCGCCAGAGAGCGGUGUGGGCAGUGGAGAGGAUCCUAAGGAUGGAUGAAAUAGCAUACGAGAUAUCAGGAAACCAAAAUGUUGGUACAGCCUUGGUAGAAGCCUUCAGGCAUGGUGACUACAGGACAAGACAAGUUGCCGAGCGAGCACUUAAGCAUGUGGAUAAGCUGCCCAAUUUCUCUGGGAUAUUUUCGAAGAUGGGGGCACAAUGACCAUGUUACAGGAAAGUAGUCUAGUUUCAUUUGACAUAUGGAUUGCAGAUCCUCUUGAGACGCAGUUGAACACAUGUCUGCAAUGGUUGUGCAUGAUAAACCUGGGCAAGAUUGGCUAGGGUUCCCCACAGGAGACUUUAUCGGUUUUUGUUGACUGCUCUCUGGAUGGUUGCUGUACUGAUCUGAUUGAUGGAAGGAGAAUCAAGGUAUUGCACGUGUUGUAUAGUGGUGUAUAUCUGUACCUGUAAACUUUUUGUUUCUGUAUUUUUGUUUCCCUGUUGUGUUGAGACGAUAAAUAAUGCAUAAGCCUCAAGGUUGGGUGGAAGAAGGAAGAAAGUGAAGUAUUGCAUCAGAAAAUAUGUGGUUUUCUCA